AUGAACAAAGGAGAUCUCGUUGGGUUCUUCAAGCUCAUUUCUAAGAUAGGCGAUGGUGGAUUUGGCAAUAUUUGGCUGUGCCAAUCAACUGAAGAUGAUUUAUUAUACGCUUUGAAGUUAGAACCAACUUCAUCUCAGAGGCAAACACUUCGGUUUGAAGCGCAAGUAUUAAAGAAACUAAAAGGAACAGAGAUAGCACCUUUAUUCAAGAUCGAUGGUACUGAUCAAAAUAACUUUUAUUGCGCAAUGGAAUUAUGCGGCGCAAAUCUUUUUGAUAUUGCUCAACAUUUACCAGAGAAAAAGUUCGCCAUGGAAUAUAUUCCGAGAUUAGCUUACAAUCUUUUCUGCCUUGUCGAAGUUUUGCAUUCAAAGGGUUAUGUCCAUCGCGAUAUCAAGCCGCAAAACUUUGUCGUCAGACCAAAAGGAAAUAGGCCAAUUUGCUUAAUAGAUUUUGGAAUUUCCAAAGUUUACUUAGAUAAUAAUGGCAAUCAUCUUGAAGCAAGAGAGAAUGCAGCUGCAAUGGGCUCUAUGCUUUAUGCUUCAAGUAAUGCAUACGACCACAUGGAUUUAUCCAGGCGUGAUGAUUUGAUUUCUUUGAUAUAUUCAAUUUUAGAUCUUGCCGGCAUAGAACUUCCUUGGUGUGGCAAAUCCAAUGAUAUAGAUUUCAACACGAUUAAGAAACAGCAUACAUUAGAGAGCCUUGUCGCUCCACUUGGCGAAGGAUUUGUUCAAAUCGCUCGCCACAUUCAAGGACUGCAGUAUGCAGAUGCACCUAAUUACGAUGCGAUCAGAAAGACACUUGAACCAAUGUUCAAUAAUACUCCAAGCCCUUACCAGUGGAUGGAUGUAAAACCAGAGGGAGUUAUCCCCAAUCCAGAAUUCAACAAUGAUCCAACUGGUUUCAUUAUUAGUAUUUCUCCUUAUUUAGUCAAUAAGGCGAAGAAGAAAUGCGUUAUUUGUUAA